AUGGUAAAUGGUUGCUUACUGGAGACAGAUAAUUAUAUUCGGGUUUGGGAGCUUGUAACUUCCUCCUUGAUUGAUGUUCUUCUUUAUGGAACACCAUGCACAGGAAUAUCCUUCAAUGAAACUGGAGAAUUUUUGGCAACUUGUCAUCAAGGAGAACAGGCAAUAUAUGUGUGGGCUAGCAAAUUACACUUCGUUGGUCGAGUACCAAUUUGCGCUUUGCCUAUUGACUACAAGCCCGUUUGGGGUCAAGAUAGAAGUAAGAGCCUCGAAAAUGCUAAUGGAUCGACUCUGGAUUUGGAGGCGCUUAACAGUUCGCUCAAGAUGUCGAGGAAGAUUGGUCUCAAUGGCAUCGUGGUCAGCGUUCAGGAGGAGGACUUUGAGGAGGCGUGGAAGAUGUUAAAACUGAUGGAGAGUGAUGGAGUUGAGGUCAAGGAUUUGCAGGGCACGGAGACUAACGAGCCGUACGACUUCAACGAGCUCAUCGAAAAAGCCAACGAGUACUCCAACAAAGAUCCACCAGACGUCGUCGAAUUUUCGGAGAAGGCAUGGGGAGCAGCUGGCGUUCAAAGCGUAGAAGUUGGCGAUGCGUGGAACGAAGCCCAAAACUCGCGCUCGAAAUUCUACGACAUUGUGAAGCUUAUGCGAAAGGAAUCAAUCUCGACGAUCUUCUUGGCAAAUUUUUUCCAAAAUUCGAGCCUGUGUUUUACUUGGCAGCCAGCAAUUAAGCACUUUGAACUGAACGAAGUCACUUUUGGAUCGACUUUAGUGUUUUGGGAAUGGAAAGAUGUUCUCGAAUUUUUCUCCAAUAAUCAGUUUCAAGCUGGUGAAUGUGACAGCGAAUUG